UUGAAGCUGAUAACACUCUUCUCAUAGUUCUAAUCAAUACCCACUUAAAAUCUUAUCGUCUCAACCAUUCUUUUAUAAUUUUUUCCCUCCCUUUUUUAAUUGUACUUUCAGGGGCGUUUUUUUCUAGAAAAUAACGAAAAUUAAAAACAUAAUAUUCUAUUCGCAAGCAACUGUUUCGUAUAUUUGAAUCAUUAUUUAAGAAAAUUCAGAAAUUUUUAUGAAAUUUAUCUAGCAUCAAUUGAAUGUAUGAUUGAACAUUCAAGAACAAUUUAAUAUACAAGAUGUACCAUCAGACUUUUCAAAAUGCUUAUCAAAAUUAUUUUUGGAGUCACUCAGAUUUCACUACGGCUAAAUACAAUUUGUCCAGUGAGAAUGUAGAAAACAGAGGAAAGACUGAAAUCUGGAGGCCAUUCGAGACUCAGCAUUUAUCCAUAAAUAAACUCAAUCAUUCAACCUCAUCAGUGUUCGUCCCAGUUAAGAAGAAGUUUUGUUCGAAAUGUUCAGCUGUAUUUUACAGUAAUUUGCAGCUAAUUGCUCAUAUGCAAGUACAUACAGGUUCAAAACCCUUUGCAUGUGACGAUCCAAAUUGCUCCAAGUCUUUCGCCAGAAAUGAAGAAUUAACAAGGCAUCGAAGAAUUCAUAGUGGUUAUAAACCGCACCAUUGUAAUUCAUGUGGAAAAUGUUUUGGACGCAAAGAUCAUUUAAGCAAACAUCUAAAAACUCAUCUUCAAGUCUCUGAAAAAAAAGUAUAUGUGUGUCGUAUGUGUGGACAUCGUUAUACAAGAUCUGAUGCUUUAACUCGACAUAGAAGUAAUGCGCAUGCCAUAUCCAAAACUGUGGUUAAAAUUGAAAAUUAAUGAAAUGAAAAGUUUGUUUGUAAGAUCUGAUCAUUAAAAUAUGACUUCAAAAAUU